AUGUCGUGUACCCUUGACAUAUUGAAGCAGCACACAGUGGUCGUUGCCGACACAGGAGACUUCUCAAGUAUUUUUUCAGAAAUGUCUAUGGAAUACCUUAAGGCAUACGAAAGUACUGCCCAGUUGAUGCCACCACAAACCCUUCUCUCAUACUUGCGGCCUCAAAAAUGCCACAGUAUUCUUCGAUUCUGGAAGAAGCUGUUAAGCGUGCAAAGUCCUCAUCAAGGUAUUUAUUCUUUAUCCACGUGGCAUACUGUUUAGUGAUCUUUGUGAGCAAAUCCAGCUGGCGAUGGAUCACACUUUCGUGAUGUUUGGCAAAGAAAUUCUGCAAAUAAUUCCUGGUCGUGUUUCCACAGAAGUUGAUGCUAGGCAAUGCCAAUUUAACUAUGUUUAUUUUUAG